AUGCAAGCCGUUGUCUUCAAGGGCCCUCUCAAGGUCGCGCUCGAGCAGCGCCCAAUUCCUACAAUUCAGGACCCGACCGAUGCCAUCGUUAAGGUUCGGUAUACGGCGCUAUGCGGGAGCGAACUCCACGUCUUCCGCGGCCACCAACCCUCCGGCACGGAUUUCAUCAUGGGCCACGAGUUCACCGGCGAGAUCGCCUCGGUCGGCUCGUCCGUCUCGAAAUUCAAGCCCGGCGACAAGGUUGUCUCCCCCUUCACUGUCUCCUGCGGAGACUGCUUCUACUGCUCCCACAACACUUCCUCUCGGUGCGCCAAGUGCCAGCUCUACGGGUCGGUGGUCCUCGACGGCGCGCAGGCGGACUACGUCCGUGUCCCGCUGGCCGACAGCACGCUCGUCUCCGCGCCGGAGAAGAUCGACGAGAAGAAGCUGGUUAUGAUGGCGGAUAUCUUGCCAACGGGAUUCUUCGCGGCUAAGAAUGCAUUCAGCGGGCUUGAUGAGAGCAUUAUCAAGGAAAGCACAGUUAUUCUCUUCGGUUGUGGACCGGUCGGGAUCUUUGCGCUGAUCAGCGCGCUCGAGUACAAGCCCAAGCACCUUAUUGCAAUCGACUCUGUUCCCUCGCGACUGGAGCUGGCAAAGAGCCUCGGUGCCGAGCCGUGGAACUUUGCCACCGACUCUGAGGGCCUCAAGAACCGGGUCAAGGAACUCACGGACGGCCGAGGCGCAGACGUUGCGAUUGAAGUCGUCGGCCACAGUGAUGCGCUGAGAAUGGCGUUUGACAUGAUCCGCCCUUGGGGCAAGAUCUCCAGCGUUGGCGUGCACAACGGGGAGAUCCCUUGGACGGGUAACGAGGCGUAUGGCAAGAAUCUGCAGCUCCAGAUGGGAAGGUGUCCGGUUCGCAGCAUCUUCGAGGAUGCGUUGAAACUUUUGGAAAAGAAGCAGGAUUCGAUCGAGUUCAUGGUGCAGGACAUUCGCCCGCUCUCACAGGCGUUGCAGGCGUACGACGACUUCAACCAGAUGAGGUCGCAGAAGGUUAUUUUCGAGGCGGGGAAAUAG